CAACGAGAUCAUCAAUGACAUAACGCUCGUAUGUCCAAUUCUCCACCAGAACUUCCAACUUCACGGAGUAACCCAACUAUCCCUACGUUCGGAUCCCGGCCACUUGCGGAUUUUGACGCAAGACUUGAGGACGCGGAAAAGAUUGCCUGGGGGCAUGGAUUGAUAGCGGGUGCCGUGACUCUUGCCAUUACGGGUGGCGGGUUUUGGUAUGCGAAAAGUUACAGGCAUAAGAAGAUCCCCUUUUACACAGCUGGGGUCGUUACAGCACUGGCCACCUUAGUCGUUUCACAGGUAACGAUACACUCGUCCUAUAUUGUCAAACGGAAUGAGGUGAUUUUUGAGAAGCGGAAGGAAGCUGCAGCGCGAGUAGAAGCCAGACGGAAAGAGGAAUUGGCAUCGGCACGGGGCAGCAAACCCCAAGGGGCAUAACAUGGAAAUGGACCUCUGAGAAUACUAACGCCCAAAUGCAAAUAUUGAUGUUGUGGUGUUUUAUCUACACAUUAUGACACUGCACAGGCGCUGUUAUUGAGUCACACGAUAGGGUCCGUCGACCUCCAUACUCUCUCCACACUUGCUCCAGCACUAUACUCCUUAAAUUCCUGCAAAAUCCUUGUGAGGCGGCGCUCUGCGUCCAUCUGAUUUGAUUCAAAAUUUGGCGUGUCGCUAAAGUACCGCUGAUUAUGCAUUGAUGCAUCCAUCCCCGUCAUCACAAGCUGUCGGCACUCCGACGACACUGUUGCUUGAC